UAGGCGGGCCGCCACCCCCUCGCGUGUGACGUCACGCGACCCCCGCCGCCGAGCACCUCACGCGCACACCCCGUGAGUACGACCUCUGCAUGUGCGGGUACUGGUGGCGACAGGCUUAGCGAGCUGCGGCUACCGCUGUCGAGGAUGCGGCCUACAGCAGGCCCGCGCGAGUCUCAUGACGGUUGCCAUGGCAACGUGGGCAGUAGAGCCCUCGCGUACUACAAGUACCGCAGCACUAGAGAUAGCGUUAGUCUCACUGAUAGGAACACUCUCCGCAGUAGUGUGAACACUCGCUUACUGCAAGCUUCAGGUAAUAAUGUAAGUCAUAGAACUGUUGUCGAUUAUAAUAAUAUUACUACUAGUGUAAGAGAUGAGUUUAAUGAUAGGAUGUGUGAUCGCGACGGAGCGCUCGGUGAUGAUGAAUGGGAUGAUGAUGACGUAGGUCACGUGACAAAGAUCAGUGAUGACGCAGACGUGACAGUCCUCAUGCACAAAGUAAAGCAAGUCACGUUAGGAGACGAUAAGAAGAGGUUCUGGAGCGAGUUCUAUAAGAGCAGACAAGCGAAGCGAGCCGAUACCAAAGACAGUGACGUCACUGAGCGCACAGCAUGCAGUAGUUGUACGUUCACUGAAGAAGCACAAUUAGCUGGUAGUCAUAGUUGUACACGCAGCGUGGUCGAAGCCAAAGAGACGCCAGUCGAGCGCGAUCCUCUAGGAGAUAACGUACAUAGUAAAGAUUUAGUCAAUUGUAGUGAAGUCGUAAACGACAAUUUAGCAUCGUUAAGGCAGCCUAGAAACGUAAGCACUGACGGUGAUCCCGUGAGAGAUAAUGAUAAAGAGAAUAUAGUUAACGUUAACAGAAAUAUUCUGACCAGGAAACUGGCCGCUUACCACGCGAGUCGGUUUAGAGGUGAACCAGUUAUACCUAACCGUGAUCUAUGGAGUUUAGAACGUAAUGAUGCAGCCACUGCAUCUGAAUCUAAAGAUUAUUUCUUUAACUAUGAUAAAACCGGUAAUGAUAAUAAGCCGACUGUCAAGAAUUCUCUCCUGUUACGGCGACUUCACAUUUACGAACAGAUCAACAGUAAGAUGAAAUGACGUGCGUGAGGGGACCGGUUCGCCCGGAGUAUGUACCUCUUUGCGUCACGAGGGUGACAGUACAAGAGGGUGGGGGUACCCCCCUCCCCCCUCUCUAAGUGACGUCACGCACGUCAAGUUUUGGAGAAUCGAAAUUUUCGUUUUAUGUUCGUGACACAGUCACGUAUUUGUAAUUUGCAAUUCAUUUUUUUUUUUUUCUCAUUAAAUUGUCUUUUUAAUUUAGUUGUUUAUUUGAUUCUCGUUCAUAUUGUUCUACAGUUGUCUCUCACGGAUUACUGGUCCUUAUUUCUUUACUUAGUUAUAGCUAGAUAUAUUACGUUCGCCAUCAGACCCUGUGUGUGUGUGUGUGUGUGUGUGUAUAAGCGCGUGUGUGUGUGAGCGUGACGUUCUCGCCGCGCCUCAGUUGAAACAAUGAUGUCUACCAAAGCGAUGUUAAAGUAUUAAUGUUCAUAGUUUUCAUGUGUCCCUCCGCAGACGCUCGCCUGCACAACUUAUCAUAUUCUAGAUUUUUUGCUAAAUCAUAAUUGUGGGAAAGGGUUGGACAUACUAUUGUGACAACACAAAAUUUAAUGGUUGUCAAAUUCAUGGUGCAACCACAUAGUCUCUACACAGUAUUAGCAUACAUGAAUACCAUGCACGCAUGUGUACCGUGCAUAUAUGAGUACAUGCAUGUAUGAGCACCAUGCAUGCAUUGAGCAUCAUGCAUAUAUGUCUUCCAUGCAUGCAUGAGGACCAUGCAUGUAUGAGCACCAUGUGUGCAUGAGCACCAUGCAUGCAUGCAUGCGAGCGCCGGGGAAGCUUUGGUAGAGUAUCAUGCGCGUCGCGGCGCUACACGCGGCCGGUGUAGACCAACCUUGGAAGCAGAGUACCUGCGCUACGACGCUACGGCGCUACGACGCUACGCCGUAGCACUGCUACGCACAUUGUCAACUAGUGCCAUACUAAUUGAUACAAUUUCAAACUAAAAUCUGAUUAGUUAUAAAUAUUGGAGUUGUAUUUGUAUUCAGUCAAAAUUAUUGUGUUAAUUGUUCGCUUGUAUUUAAAGUUUAACUUUGAUUUUAUUGUACACUGUGAGCCAAUGUUUUCAGGUCAAUUAUAACAGUCAAAAAAUCAUAAUUAAGUUUUUUGACCUCUACACAUUGGUAUUAAUGCAUGACAUAAUAAUUGAAAUAAAUAUGUGUUCUAAUAAUAUUUGUGUCGAUACCAACAGCUAGCAUGUCUUACAAUCUUACCGUAUUAAAGUGAAUAUUAAAGUUACCCUAUUCAGUAUUGUCAAAUAGUUUGCUUAGAUAAGGUUCUAUCUCUCUCUAAGAUCACAAUUACUUGUAUUUCCUUCAAAACGAGUCAUUUAGUUUAGUACAACUCAUAUAGUCGAUGACAGAAUAACGUCAAGGGUGAGUUGCACCAUUUGACUGUGAUGAUAACUGAAUUAUAACUAGCCGAUAUAUAGUGCAAUGGGCGACUAUUUAAUAGCUGGUUAUUGAUUUGGUUAUCGUAAUAGUUAAAUGUUACAACUUCCUCGUAAAUAAUUAAGUUUUCUCAGAUGUAUGAGUAUUGAUCAUUUUUACUCCAAGUUUCCUCUUGAUCACUACACCUUUCUUAAAUAAUUUCAUAGUAGAAUCACUGGCUACUGUACUUAAUUCAAUAUAUCUUUUAAUAAGUUCAUGUAUUCUGUGGUCGACUGUACACUUGCAAAUAUGUUCAUAACUUUUUGUUAACACUGUACCGCACACUCGACAGUUUACUUCAAAACUAUUGAUUGUCUUUUAAAAUUAUAAAUGUUCUACCUUUUUCUGUAACAAGUGUACCUGAUAUUCUUUUCCCCACUCAUAAUUUUGGUGUUUACAUUGAUGAUUCCUACAUUUUGUCUAGUGCGCGGUCGGUGCUAUCACUGUAUGUGCGCACUGCGUUCCUGAAAAAAUGUUUUAUUAUGGACACAAUAUUUACCAUUGCAUUCGCAAGCACUUUAUGAUUAAGAGUAAUAAAUCAUUUCCUUGUA